AUGUGGCUAUUACCAAGUUUCAUCGCUGACAUCGUCAACCAUAAUCCGAAACCGAAGACUUCAUCUGGUAACAAGAUUUCAGCUCUCGACGGCCUUAGAGGGCUAUGUUGCCUGAUGGUCAUGCACAUGCAUUGGACAUUCGCUAUAACGGACUCCAAUGAUGGUGGUUCGUGGGAAACCAACACCAAAUAUCUCUUCCAUCGACCAUUUUACUAUUUAUUCUGGGCCGGAACCAGUCAUGUCGAUAUCUUCUUUGUUCUGAGCGGCUAUGUAUUGUCUAUGAAGACUCUCACCAUGAUACACAAAGGAGUUCCUGCUCACCGUUUCAUCUCCUCCGCAGUGCUACGGCGGGCGACUCGGAUUUUCCUACCACCUGUGGCAUUGAUGUUUAUUUAUUUGGUGGCCAUAAGAUUGCAUGUUUUCCACAGCAGUGUUGCAAUACGUGAACGGAAUGCGUGGUCUCAGGAGUUCCAGCUCAGAUUUUUCGAGCCCCCACCGCCCCUCUACCCAUUAUUCUACGAUCAGUUCUGGGACGUGUUGGGCGCGACUCAAAAGCUUCUGGAUCCUAGUACGCACUUUGACUUACCAGAGUAUGGGAAAUACGAUAGCCAUCUCUGGACAAUGCCCACCGAGUUUUACUGUUCGCUGGCAUUAUUUUUGGUAUUGUUGGCAACAUGUCAGCUUUGGACACGAUACCGAGUUUUAAUCCACUCCUUGCUUGUCGCUUGGUGUUGGUUCACCAGCCAUCUAAAUCAUGGACUUUUCUUCACUGGGCUGCUGAUUGCAGAAUUUGAUAUUCUUCUAAAAGCGCGACUGAAGCCAACCGAGGCACUGCCAUCAAACGCGUCUACCGGCCAGGAUCCAGUCAAGCCAUGGCUUUCAUUCCAAUCACGGCUUUCGCCCGGAUUGGGAUCUUAUUUUACUAUCGGCAACAUUAUGUCGACAAUAUCAUGCAUUUCUGGACUAUACCUACUAUCAAUGCCCUUGUUGUGGGCCGAAGAGACCCCAGGCUAUCGAGGAUUUUUCGCCUACAUGCCGAAGUACAUGAACACUGGACAACAAGGAGAUGCUCUGCGUGCAUUGGGGGCAGUCCUCACUGUCUGGCCGAUCACCUACAUCAGCACCAUCAGCGGUGAUGCAUCCUCGACACCAAUAAUCAGCUUCAUUCUAAGCAAUCCUGUUUCAACAUACCUAGGUCAAAUAUCCUUUGCAUUUUACCUCGUUCACGGCUUUGUCAUAAGAUCCCUGGGCUACUCAAUUCUGCCUGCGCUGUACAUCUUCGUCAUUGGCACCGGUGAACGAUGGACCGAAUUGUCACCUACACAAUACUCAAAUGGACAGAUCUACGCAUCCGAAUCCAGAUUGACUCCACGGGAACUUGGCACGAUAUGGGUCUUGGGUUAUCUGAUUGUACUGCCGACAUGUAUCUGGAUGGCGGAUUUAUUCCACAGAUUCAUUGAUCUCAAAUGUGUUGCUCUUGGUCGGGCUCUUGAAGAGAAGAUGGUCAUGAAAGAUGAUACGUCGAUGUCGUUGCCAACUGCCGCUGGAAAAGUCUCGUGA